AGUAUACUGGCGAAGAUUGUGCUAUAAAGUUGUUUCGAGCAAAUUCUAGUUGAGAACAUCUGACUAUAAACUUUAAUCAAUCAUUAUUACGUUUAACAAUAUUUUUUCUAUUCAUUCUGAUUUUGAUUUUUGUUAUCUAAUCGCAAAUAAUUAUUUACGGAAGCAAAAUGAAAUCUGUGUUAAAUUUAGUGUGUCUUGGGCUACUUUUAAUGAUAUCGAAGUCUCUGUGUGAUUAUGAGAAUGCUACAAAUGACUCAAGUUAUCAAUUUGAAACCCCUUCGUCGUUUUAUACAGCAGCAGUUGUUGAAUUUCAUGCACCAGGUGAUGAAUUAAUUGAUCCAGAAGAAAUUGUGGAAGCUAAUUUAGAUGAAUAUUUGAGACUGAUUGAUGAAGCUAGUAUAAAAGGAGUCGAUAUCUUAGUUUUCCCAGAGGCUUCUCUGAAUUACAAUGGCAUAAAAACUCGUGAAAACUUAUCAGAGAUAGCAGUUGAAAUUCAAACGGAAGUUCCCGACAUUACCAACUGCGAUUACUCCCACGAUGUCAUACUCAACGAACUUUCAUACGCUGUGUCAAAUGCGAGCAUCUAUGCUCUUGUCAAUGUCGUUGAGAUAGAAUUUUGUAAUGACACUGAAUUGUGUUCAGAUGAUGGAUUUAACUUGUAUAACACAAACAUUGUGUUUGAUAGAAAUGGUUGCAUUAUUUCUCGUUAUCGAAAGUUUAAUCUUUUCAUCGAACCAUUUAUGAAUGUAACAAAAGAACCUGACGUAGCAACAUUCGAAACCGAUUUUGGUGUUACUUUUGGUCAUUUUAUAUGUUUUGAUAUUCUUUUUAAAUCUCCAGCACUUGAUUUGAUCAAUUUAAAUGUGACGCAUUUACUAUAUCCAUCGAUGUGGUAUUCGGAAACGCCUUUCUUAACGAGCGUUCAAAUUCAACAGUCAUUUGCACAUCGUAAAAACAUUGUGUUGUUGUCAUCAGGAACCAACAGUCCAGAGAAUUCGAAUACUGGAAGUGGAAUUUAUAUUGGACGUCAUGGAGCUGUCGAUAAAAUUAUUUCAUUUAAAAACGAGACAAGAAUGAUUAUUGCCGAAAUACCAAAAAAUGUUGAUGACCAAGAUUAUGUGUCAGCUUCACCUACUGUCAAGUCAUACAUAUCUACAGAUAUGGAUAAACUAAAACUGUGGAAUUAUAAACCACAAAACAUUUUUCCUUUACAUAAACAUUUUGUGACGACAAUUGGAAAGGUUAGUUGUGAGUUCACAAUUAAAUAUGUAAAGUUAGAUAUUCCUGAGGGUCAUAUUGGAUACAGUUAUAGGUUGACAGCCUUUUCCGGUAUAAGAACUUUUUCAGGCCUCGUAAAUGCAGGUGAAAUUAAUUGUGCUAUCAUUUCGUGUUAUGAGAAUGACGAUAAUACUUGUGGUAAAAAGAUUGAAAACACCACAAAUUUAGUACCGUCACUUGAAUUUUUAUCGAUUGAUAUAAAAGUUACAAUCGAAGAUAAUUCAGAAAACUAUCAAGUGAUGCCAACAACACUCAAAACUUCACUUCUUCCUUUACAAACAAACAAAUAUGAAUUUGUUAGUGUCGUUGAUGAUGACAUUCAGAUUUAUAACGUCAAAUCUUCUGAAAAACUAAGUGAUUUAAUGACUUUUGGAAUUUAUGGUCGAAAUUUCAAUUUGGACGAGAAAAUGGCACAAAAAAAGUUGAAGACUGUGGAAAUUUUUUUAGAUAACCGCGAUGCAAGUGAAAUUACUUACUUUGAUGAAGACGAUGAUUCAAUAGAGAUUAAAAUGACAAUUUAUGUAAUCCUGAUGGUUGGAUUGAGUAUCGUAACAGCGAUAAUGGUUUACAGAAAGUUACAACAUCCAUAUGUUAAACCAGAUUUGGGGAAAAGAAAAAGUUUUGUUUCUUAAAAUAUUUUUUUGAAUAUCCCUCAAAAAUAUAAGUGAUAUUAAUGAUUGUAAAAUGAUUCAAUACAUAUAAGGCAUAUCAAUGAAAUAAAUUGAGAUUUAUGAGGAAAAAUAUCAAAAAUUUCCGUUUACGAUAAAGAAAGGAAAACAUAGAUUACAGAGACUUAACUUUUCAGCUUAAUUUUGUAAUUGAAUCUAUAAUACGAAGAUUUUUAACUGAUUUUUAAACUAUGACGGUGACAUUUGUAUUUUUGUGCAUGAAAAUUGCAAUCAUACUAGGCUAUUAAUUGUGAAAUUGAUUGUUCGAUCGA